AUGGCCUGCGUCUCCUGCAGACGUAACAUGUCCUCACAGAGAGACGUCAUUUGCCUGGCCCAGGAGGGCAGUUUGCAAACCUACGUCAACCCGCAUGGCAUUGUCUUUGAUAUGCUAACCCUCAGCAGGGUCAUUCCGGGCUCCAUUGAACUCGUGGGUACAUCCUCCACUGAGUACUCCUGGUUCCCUGGGCAUUCCUCUGUGGCCUUUGGCGACUACACUAACGAUAGUGCCCUGUUCGCGCAAAGUUUUGCUGACCUGGAGCAUGUGUUGUCGCGGUCGAAUGAGAUCGUUAAGUCAGUCGGUUGGCCUAUAAAUGCCCCGGCAGGUUAUAAGGUAUCCGCGUUGCGUUUCUAA